GAUAUCCAUUAUCCGUCUGUCGUUGUCGGUCUAUUGGUUUUUUCCUGACCGCUAACCAAGCCGCAACACCGUCCAGUUGUUUGGCACUCAAGUCUACUAACUGAGCGCCGAGUUUUUCCAUGGUAAUCCCCCGGGCACCGGAUUAUGAGAAUGAAAGCUUAAUGGUUCUCGACUACACAUCUUUUAAUAAGAUAAAAAAAUGGGAAAACAAAACAGCAAGUUAAAGCCAGAGGUCUUGGAAGACCUAAGACAAAAUACUGAAUUUUCUGAUGCUGAGAUUCAAGAAUGGUAUAAAGGUUUUUUAAAGGACUGUCCAGGUGGUAAUUUAAGUGUUGAAGAGUUUAAGAAAAUUUAUGGAAAUUUCUUUCCCUACGGUGACGCAUCUAAAUUUGCAGAGCAUGUAUUUCGAACAUUUGAUGCCAACAGUGAUGGAACAAUAGAUUUCAGGGAAUUCCUUUGUGCUCUGUCAGUCACAUCGCGUGGAAAGUUGGAACAGAAAUUGAAAUGGGCAUUCAGCAUGUAUGACCUGGAUGGCAAUGGGUUCAUUUCACGACAAGAGAUGUUGGAAAUUGUUACGGCUAUUUAUAAGAUGGUUGGCACUGUAAUGAAGAUGCCUGAGGAUGAAUCGACGCCAGAGAAGAGGACAGAUAAAAUUUUUAGGCAGAUGGACAAGAACAAUGAUGGCCGUCUAUCAUUGGAGGAGUUUAUUGAAGGUGCCAAAAGUGAUCCGUCUAUCGUUCGACUGUUGCAGUGUAACCAUGCCGUCCAGUAGGGCUUUGAAAUGUGCAUUUCACUGAAUUUGCCUGCCUUUUAACUAAAGUCACAUAAUGUUUGGACUUCUUUUUUUUUUUUGUCUUUAACUUUCUUUAAUUUUAAAUCUCUAAUAGAUUAAUUCUUCUACCCAAAAGCUUCAAUCAAACAUCAAUACGUGUGCUCUAAUUUUUAAUGCUUAUGAAGUUUUACAAAAUAUAAUAUUAAAAUCUGAAAAUUGCAUAGGUACUUUUUCAAUCAAUAAUAAAUUAUAAUUCAUCACAGAUACAUGUGGUGUUAAGAAACACGUGUUGAUGAUUUAAGAUAAAACAAAAUUAUUGUUUUUACUGUGAUAUAAUAUUCUUAAAUUUUUUUCAAUUUUGAUCUAUUUUAUCCAUACAAUGUAUCAUUAUUAUUGUAUUUGUUGGACGAAAAUAUUUUAUUAUCCUAUUAAAAUUUUUUUGUUUUCAUAAUAUUAAUAAUAUUUAAUUGUAAUUUUUGCUUGUAUUAUUUAAAUCUAGAGAUGUGUGAUGAUUGUAAGACCAAACCCCAAAAUGUACAUUUAAAUUUUAUAACUUCAUACGUAGAAGGUUAUAUUUAUAUUCCUAAUAAUUUUGAUUUUUAUUAAUCAAAUUAUUCAACUAUGUGUCAUAUUGUAAAAAAUAAAAGAAUGUAGAAAAAUAUAAAUUCGCACAUCUCUUUAUUUAUUUAUUUACAACCAUAAUUUUACCACCAUGGUGGUAUUUUGAUUUAAUAAUGUAUAAUAAUUGUUAUGUAUUCCCAAAAAUAACAAAAUUCAUAAAAUCGACAAAUAUUUUUGUAGGGUUCCUAUAUCUAGUCUUCGUUUACUGUUCUAAUAUUAUCAUAGUAAAUACUGAUGAGUUGCCUAUAACCUAUAUAAUAAUUAAACAUUUUUUUUUUUAAAAAUGACUUUUCCCAAAGGUUUGUCAAUUUUUUUUCAUUUAAAAGGGAGUAUAUAUUAACUUAUUGUUAUUUAAGAUUUAAUAGUUUAACUCAUAAUAUUGUUAAAUCCCCCCCCCCCCCCAAGUAAGAGGAUUGUGUUAUUGUUUGAGUUGUUAUUCGUUUCAAAAGUAUAUUUUUUUAACUUGGCUUGAGCCCGACUCUUAGAAAUGUGCCGUUUUAUAUAUACGUGCUCAAAUCUAUUUCCACAUCCUCGGUGCUAUUCAUGUUUAAUAGUAAACCUGUACGUAACACUUAAAAACCCUUCCAUUAUUUUGUUAAUUCUAAACCGCGACCAGACACAUAUAUUAUAUGUUAGUAUGAUUUAAAUUAAUAAUUAUAUAAUUUAAAUAUAUUUUGUAUAUUUUUUCUAAACUAAAGGCUUACGGUUUUGGUCUAUACAUAUUAUACACUAAUCAUAAUAUGGUAAUUUUAAAUUGUUACAAUGUUAUUCAACUGUAUAAUUUUGUAUCGAAUAAUGUGUUAAAUGUGCAUGAAUAUCUGUAUUUAAACAUGUUAAACAUGUAUACCAAAAAAUGAUUAUUAUUCCGUCUUCAUUAGUAAAAUGAGUAAAAACAAAGAAAAUACAGAGAACCAUCCAACAUAAUAUGCGUCUUUUCACCCAAUAUAAUAUUAUGUCAAACAUUAAAAUUUUACAUAUUUGCUCAAGUGUCAGUCAUGUGUCAAAAUGUCCUCUUCCUUGUACCUCUUACUCUUCCAUUUACAUCUACUCGAUUUCUUGCCAACAAUUGUGCAUCACAUUUUUCACACAUUUUGCACACAUAAAUUUGGAUAAAUAAAAUGUAUAGAAAGUUGGGAAAAUUCUAUGAACGGUAUAAAAUGCCUCAAACAUUCUGUUUGUAUACAUAAAUGCGGCAUAGAUUAGUUAUUGUAGUACAAAUCUUACAAAUAAUAUGUUUUAGGGUUAUACCAAUAAUAUAUUUUUUUCUUAUAUUGUCCACCAUAUUAAAUAUUAUAUUAUAUUAUAUUUAUAUCAUAUUAUAUUAUAUUAUAUUAUAUUAUCAGCUGUGUAAAGAAACAUACAAUACAAAAAAAAAAUGUUUAAAUUAUAUAUUUCAUACUUAUACAUAUACAUAUUAUUUAGUUACAAAUAAAUCAAACUGUAUGUGUGUAAAAGUUUUAAUAUUUUAUUGCAAUUU